GCUCUUCAAGCUUCCUCCUCCUUGGCUGCAUCCGCCAUUGCAAACAGCAAUUAUCAUUGCUCAGUUUCCUAUCAGCCAUGCUAUUCCUCAUCCUCUUUUCUUUCUCCUCCAUCUCAUUCUCAAUCAACGCACUUAGGUGUUUCCUCAUCUAGUAUUAUGACAUCUUCAAAUUCUCAAUUCCACUCCUCUCAAUCGCAUCACUUACAUUCUCAAGUGCAGCAUCAACACCAUGCUAAUAUACGUCCCUUACCUGAAUCUCUAGUCCCACUGAACUUGCCAGAGAUAAUUGACUAUGAACACUCUAUCGGAACUUCAGAGACCCAUCGAUCUAGCCUGUUCUCGCAUUCCCACUCAGCUUCCACACCGGACUCUGGCUUCCAAGGCUCUCUAUCCUUAGUUUCUUUGCAUCAUAACCAUCAUCCUCAGCUCCACUACGCGCAGCAUCAGCUUAAUCAUUCUGCAUACAUUCGCUCUACUGAAACGGCUCUCUUUUCUUUAAGUACAGAUGAUUACUGGAAAGCUUAUAGUGGCGAACAGCAUACUACUACUCACCAUCCCGUUACGCUCCACCACCACCAUCCUCUUCCUUCACAAAAUCAAAACCAGACUCCUAACUCGAACAAUUAUCUCUCAAUAACAUCACUUGCUGGCUCAACCGGUAAGUCGCUUUAA